AAAGUGGCCGUUUUUUCAUCCCCUUGUGAGAGGCGAGAGCUGCAAUCUUUGGAGUGUAGUUACUCCCACCAGCCAUUUCUUGGCGCUGGUUUACUCUACUGAUUAAAUGCCCCAAAUUUCGUUUUAUGCACUGCUAAAAAUUUUGUGCAAUCAAUGCGAAGCCCCCCGACUGCGCGCAUAAAAGGGGGACAAAGGUGUGAAGACCCAAGAGCGUCUCCUGAUUGUUUUCUCCUUCCUGUGCAGCAGUUUCUGGUCUGGUCCAAGGCGAGAGAGUGUUCUUGCUUGAGUUGGUGUUGAUCCAAUGGGCGAGAUGAACCACCAGCCCGGGGUGCCGCCGCCGGUGGGCGUGCCACCGCCCAUGGGGAUGCAGCCCAUGAUGAACGCUCCGGUUGGCGCCGGCGCCAUGCACCAGCCCUACGAGCAGUUCAACCAACUCAACUACUGCGUCCACUCCAAUCCUUCCUGGGUUCAGGUAGCAGGGCUUGCAUUCCUCCACUACCUAGUGAUGUUGGGCUCUACUGUCAUGCUUGUGUCAAUUAUUGUUCCUGCAAUGGGUGGUGGUCCUGGUGAGAAGGCUCGUGUUAUUCAAGCAUUCCUGUUUGUGAGUGGCAUUAAUACUCUGCUCCAAACACUCGUUGGGACACGGCUUCCAACAGUUAUGAAUGCCUCCUUCGCAUUUGUUGUCCCAGUGCUGUCAAUAGCCAGACAGUUUAACACAAACGACUUUGAAAGUAAUCAUGAGAGAUUCGUUCACACAAUGAGAGCAACUCAAGGGGCUCUAAUUGUUGCUUCAAUCCUCAACAUGAUUCUUGGAUACAGCAGAGCAUGGGGGGCAUUUGCCAAGAAAUUCAGUCCUGUAAUAAUGACUCCUGUUGUUUGUGUCGUUGGUCUUGGACUAUUUCAAAUUGGCUUUCCUCAGGUUGGAAAAUGUGUUGAGAUUGGGUUGCCAAUGCUAAUUCUUGCGAUUGUUGUGCAACAGUAUGCGCCACUUUACUUCAGACAUAUCCAUGAGCGCACAACCUUCUUGUUUGAGAGGUAUUCGUUGCUUCUUUGUAUCGGCAUCGUGUGGGCCUUUGCAGCUAUCCUUACUGCUGCUGGUGCAUACAACCAUGUUUCGCUCAAGACACAACAGCACUGCCGCACUGACAAGUCUUUCCUUAUAUCAUCUGCACCAUGGAUCAAAAUUUCAUACCCCUUCCAUUGGGGUCCACCAAUCUUCACUGCAGGUCAUUCAUUUGGAAUGAUGGGUGCUGUGCUUGUUUCAUCUUUUGAGUCAACCGGUGCACACUUUGCAACUGCACGUCUAGCCGGUGCAACACCACCCCCAGCUCAUGUUCUUACUCGAAGUAUUGGUUUACAGGGCAUUGGGAUAUUCCUGAACUAUUUAUGCUAUGCCUUGUCAACUGCACGCACUAGACUUAUCUUCCUAUAUAAAUGCAGCGAAAACAUCGGGCUACUUGGAUUAACAAAAGUUGGAAGUAGGAGAGUGAUCCAGAUAUCAACUGGCUUCAUGAUAUUCUUCUCCAUAUUUGGGAAGUUUGGGGCGUUCUUCGCAUCAAUCCCGUUGCCAAUCUUCGCGGCAAUUUACUGCAUCUUGUUUGGUAUCGUAGCUGCUGUGGGAAUCUCGUUCAGCCAGUUUGCAAACAAAAACUCCAUGAGGAACAUCUACAUCAUUGGACUAUCGUUGUUCCUUGGCAUCUCGAUCCCUCAAUAUUUCGCGGAGUACACCGCUUCUGCUGGCCGCGGACCUGCCCGAACAAAUGCAGGAUGGUUCAAUGACAUCAUCAACACAGUUUUUGCCUCCGGCCCAACGGUGGCGCUGAUCGUCGCGUCGCUUCUGGACAACACUCUGGAGCCCCGUGCCAACGAGAACGACCGAGGGCUCUCAUGGUUCAUGCCAUUUCUGCGCCGCCGUAAAGGGUACUCGGACCCCAGGAACGAGGAGUUCUACAGCUACCCGAUCCGGGUCCAUGACUUGGUUCCGCACCGGUUUCUCUGAUUCUAGAAGGGGUGCUGCUAAUUAUCCUGUGCUGCUGUGCAAUGUAAAUCCCCUUUGUUCUUGUUAGCCUUUUACCCCCUGUGGCCCGUAGCGAUUGGUGCGGUCACAGGUUUCAGCUUAGUGGGAUAUAUGGUACAAGGAUGCUAGGACUUCCGUCGUUGCUGUUGUUGGCCGUUUGGGCCAAGGAGUUGGUUACAUGGUUGACGUAGAGUUUUAUUGUCCGGGUGUAAUGCUGUCUCUGGGGAAAAAUGAACGCAAAAGGAUGAUAGUACCUCAAUUAUCGGUUACUGAGGCAGCGAUGUGUUGAUGAACCUUCAGUGCGUGCAUUGGUUUA